UCCCACCAAUAUCCAGACAGAGGUUUAUAGAUCUAAAUCAUGUUUUUUGAAGGUUUCACCUUCUUCUUGUAGUGAUGGACGAUAAGUAUAAACAUAAUCAAUAUUUUCUCCUUCCUAUAUUGAUAGCAAAAAGAUGUGAAAAUAUAUUCAGCACUAUAUAUUUUUUCCAGUUUUUCGCUACAACAAGUGGAUUAUGUAUGACACUCUUCUUAUUAACUUUGGUUCAGCCAUAUACAUUCGAAUUCUUCUUUCUGGUUGUUUAUCAAGCCGCCGUUUUUAAUUUGCUUCUGGUCCCAUCCUGGUUUUCAUCAGAAAUUAGGAGGAAGAGUGAAAAUAUUCCUGUAGCCGCAUAUUGCUAUCCUUGGGUAGAUGCCACAAAAAAUAUGAAACGUGAUCUAGCAUUUUUCAUACAAAACACACAAAAACCUAUACAAAUGAAAGCUUUAAGUUUCUUCAAUUUAUCACUUGAGAUAUUUUUAAAGAUUGUUCAAUCAUCGUUCUCGUAUUACACAAUGUUGAAAAAGAUUUCGACGUAAAAAAGAUUCAUUCAUAUAAGAAAAGAAUUACUGUUUAGCUGAUGAUGUAAUCAUUACUAGUUAUUUCUCAUGUAGAAUAAAA